AUGAAAGGACCAGACAGGUGGUGCUGUGAUGGAAUGAAAGAAGUAGAGGGAGCGGCGAGGUUGAGAGGUCGAGCGGUCGAGAAAUCGAGUGAAGAAGUUCAUGUCGCCACUCGGGAAAUUCAAAUAACGCGACGUCGCCAGAGACGCGGAACGGAUCAUCUCGAACGCGAUUUCAACUUUAGUUGUUGCCCCUCUAAGUUCCGACUCAUCUUGAGUUCACUCAAAGAAAACAACAACACAUCCAAGAUGGCUCGAAGAAGACAACCUGCGACUACACCCGCUGCUGCCGCCGCCGCAACCGCCGCCGCAACUGCUGCUGCAACUACUGCUGCUGCUAUCGCCGCUCCCGUUGCUCCAGCUGCCCUUCUUGCUCCUGCGGCUCGACCUGGCCGACAGAUUCGUGGACCACAAUCCGCCUUGACCGAUUUCCUUGCAGCCCAUAACAUCAACGCUUUCCAGAUCAGAGCCGAUGCCAAUGUCCGUAGAAGAGCUGCCGCUACUGCCUCUCAACAAGCCCUCGCCACGCCCGACGCCCCCUCUCCAGCAACAGACCCAGGGAGAUCACUCAAGCGAAAGAAGGAAACCAAGGCACAAGAAGCAAAGAGAAAGAAGGAAGAAGAGAAAGCCAUUGCCAAGAUCAAAACCUCCAAGACUUUCCAGCAGCGGAGACUCUACCACGGAAAUAUGACAAAUGAGGAUGAGGAAGCUCGUGCUAUAUAUAAGGAGCGUGCACCAAUCCCUGGUCAGAUGGAAAACUGCGAGUUCUGCAACAAGCGAUUCAGCGUGACGGGCUACACCAGAGCUGGUCCAGACGGUGGUUUGCUAUGCCCCAUGUGCUCCAAGGACCUUAACAAGGAGGCAGGUGAUGCACGCAAGAAGCGAAAGACUGCGGCUGGCAAGGCUCGGAGACAGAUUCAGAGCAACCUCCUUGAUGGUAUCUACCCUGGAGCAAAGGAUCUCGUGACUCUGUGUGUUGAGACUCUGGCAAAGAAUGUAGAGAUGGCUGACGACUUGGGCGAUCUUCCCGCGUCGUUGGUCGACCGACUUGCUCAAAUCCUCUCCAAGAAGCGGCUUUUGAACUCCACCACUCUGGAUCUGUUUCUGAAAGCUGGCAAUGACGCUGUCACUGUCUAUGAUGGAUCUAAGCUUACUCCUGAUGACUACAUCCGGAUCUUCCAGAUCGUUCCAACCGUGAAGUUCCUCCGCCUCCGAAACGCCAUCCAGUUUAAGAACAAGGUCAUGGAUCACCUCCUCGGAACUACCGUUAAGCUCGAGAGCCUAAGUCUCCACGGUGCCAACCUCAUUGAUGACGAGCGCUGGAACCGUUACCUCGCCGAGAAAGGCAUGCACCUCAAAGCCCUCAAGGUCUACUACACCGACGGCCACUUCGGCGACGCACAGAUCGAACUCCUCACAACAACAACGCCCAACCUUGAACGCCUCAAGAUCUGCCACAACCAACAGGUAACCGACGAAGGCCUCGCCCACAUCGCAAACAUUCCAACCCUCAAGCACCUCUCCCUCGAAAUCUACAACCCCACAACUACAGCUCCUUACCUCGCCAUCCUCGACGCCAUCGGCCCCAGCCUACGCACAUUGUCCCUCAGCACUGUCAACUAUGUCGAAGACGAAAUCCUAGCCGCUAUCCACGACAACUGCCAGAACCUCUUCAAGCUCCGCAUCACCGACAACGAGGUCCUGUCUGAUGCUGCUUUCGCAUCCCUCUUCACUAACUGGCUCAACCCAAGUCUCGAGUACAUCGACCUGCACAAGUGUCGCCACAUCGACGCAUCUAACCCACGCGAGAACCCCGACCAGAUCGGUCUUGGUUCCGCCGGCUUCGAGGCUUUGAUGUUCCACUCCGGUCAGACUCUCCGUCACCUCGAUGUCCAUUCUUGCCGCCACAUCUCGCGCGAGAGCUUCGAGGCUGUCUUUGCUGAGGGGAAGAUAUAUCCGGAGCUGCGAGAGCUGAACCUUAGUUUCUGCCAGGGUGUCAAUGAUUGGGUUUGUGCGUUGGUGUUCCGCGCCUGUCCGUCUCUGAAGACGUUGAAGGUAUUUGGAAACUUUGGUGUCCGAGAUGUUCGCGUGCCCAAGGGAAGAAUCUUGAUUGGCGUUCCAACUGCACUGGGCAUGCAGAUUGAGGGCACCGGGGUUGCAGAGGAUGAGGGACGCGUUAUCUGA